AGAUGAUAAGUAAAUAAUAUAAAUAAAAAUGGUGGAAAAGAACUACGUUUUGUCAUGCAGUGAUAUUAUCAUAUAUGAUAUUGAGAAGUAAUGUGAUUAUUUAGAAGCGGAAAUUUUUUUAUGGCAUAAGAAUAACAACAAGAGACUACUGCAUUUUAUAAAUAUAAUAAAUUAAAUACUAUUUGUAAACGUGUCUUUUAAGACAAUUUUUAAUUGCCAAAAAAAUUAUAAUUAAAAAAUUAUCAAAAUGGUGGAGGUAUCAGGUUGUGGUGAACUACAACAAUUAGUUCAAGAAGAAGAAUGCGAGGAACCACUUAGUCGUGGUGGUGAAGCUACACCUCCUUUAACACCAGCAAGAUCACAACAUCCAAGUAAAAAUGAAACACAUAGCUCUCAUGUAUCGCAACAAGUAUUAUGGGAAAGCAAUACUCAGACUUCUCCUAUUGUUAGUAAGGGUAGUUCUGGCCAAGCAACUAGUCAAGGUUCUAUGGUUUCUGGGAGAGCCAUUAAUUUUUCAAAUCAUGCUACCAAUCAAUCUCGUUUAAUUUAUCUAAAUGAAAAAGAGAAACAAAGACCUAAUAGACCAGAACCUCCAAAGCUCAAUCGACAACAAAAAGAUAUGACACCAUGCAAACAUCACUGUUUUUUAUCAGAGGUACCUGAUGUUAGACGCAUGGAACAAGCUUUAUUGCAGCUAUUAGAAGAUUUUCAUAGUGGAAAUUUACGAGCUUUUGGUAAAGAUUGCAGUAUGGAACAUAUGACAGAGAUAAGAGAACAGCAAGAACGUUUAGCUAGACUUCAUUUUGAAUUAGGUCAGAGACAAGAAGUUGGUAGCGAUCAGUCUGGAUUAAGGCAAUCAAGUGCAAAUAUGAGACAUUUACUUCAUCGUCUUCAACAACUUAGUGUUUGCAUUGAGAAGUUACAUAGUAAAUAAAUUUAAUAUUAAAUAGUAGAAGUAAAUUUUCUACAAUUUUCAUAUUAUACUAAUCUUAUAAAAUAAAUAAACUAUAUCAAAUUUUA